UGCAUACCAUGUGCUCUAGGCAAAUACAAAGACACACUCGGAACACAGGAAUGUACAACCUGUCCUGAUCACAUGACAACACAAUUCGAAGGAAGCCUUUCCCUUCACCAAUGUGUGUGCAAGUCAGGGUACACGGGACCAGACGGGGGCAGCAACUGCACGGCAUGCGAGCCAGGCACGUACAAGGAGGACGCUGGCAACGCAAGCUGCGUGCCAUGCGAGGCAGGCAAGUACUCGGAGGGGCGCGCGGCAGACAACUCGUCGACCUGUCAAGCAUGCCCGGUCAACUCGUGGACCGCCGGGGUAGGGGGCGGGAGCUACACAGACUGCAAGUGCAAGGCAGGGUACACGGGACCAGACGGGGGCAGCAACUGCACGGCAUGCGAGCCAGGCACGUACAAGGAGGACGCUGGCAACGCAAGCUGCGUGCCAUGCGAGGCAGGCAAGUACUCGGAGGGGCGCGCGGCAGACAACUCGUCGACCUGUCAA